CCAUGGACGUGAGAUCAUGACCUGAGCUGAAGUCGGACACCCAACCGACUGAGCCACCCAGGCGCCCCUGGAUCACUUCCUUGUGUGUGCUCUCAGACGGCCAGCACUGAGCUCAUGGAGUAGUCGGAUGAGGACUCAGAGGCUGGACAGGGAUUGGCUGGGGAACGGGCUGGGGGGCACAGUCAGCCUGGAACCUGGACCUGGUAGAACGCUCACAGCUGGGCAGCCGUCCCGGGGUUGGGGGUAUGGAUUGUACUCAACUUAAUGUGUUUUUGUAGGGGACUUUGGCCCAGUGAGAGGCUUUUCCCAGACAAAGUUCAGGGAUUGCCGCCGGCUGGGUGUGGGGCCAGCUGGGAGCUGGACCUACCUAGAUCUUGAGUCAGAGGGACACAGAGGCCCUGCUGCCUGUGACGCAAGCCAUGGAGCUGAGGAAGCGAAACUACUAUGUGGAACGACCACUGCUGAAUCAGGAACAGCUGGAGGAGCUCGGGUGCUUGACCACAGGGACGGGGACCCUCGAGUGGCGAACCUGGUUUCGAUGCUCCUACACUCGAGCUCGAGCCCUUCUGUUCCAACACCUCCCAGUUUUGGCCUGGCUACCUCGGUAUCCCGUGCGUGACUGGCUCCUGGGUGACCUGCUGGCUGGUCUGAGUGUGGCCAUUAUGCAGCUGCCACAGGGCCUGGCCUAUGCCCUCCUGGCUGGACUGCCCCCCGUGUUUGGCCUCUACAGCUCUUUCUAUCCUGUGUUUAUCUAUUUCCUGUUUGGCACUUCCCGGCACAUCUCUGUGGGCACCUUUGCUGUCAUGUCUGUAAUGGUGGGCAGUGUGACAGAAUCCCUGGCCCCAGACAAGGACUUCCUGCAGGCUGAGAACGCCACAGUCAAUGAGGAGGCCAGAGACGCCGUCCGGGUGCAGCUGGCCACCACACUCAGUGUCCUGGUCGGCCUCUUCCAGGUGGGACUGGGCCUGGUCCACUUUGGCUUCGUGGUCACCUACCUGUCAGAGCCUCUGGUCCGCGGCUAUACCACAGCUGCAUCUGUGCAGGUCUUCGUCUCGCAGCUCAAGUAUGUGUUUGGCCUUCAACUGAGCAGCCGCUCUGGGCCGCUGUCCCUCAUCUAUACAGUGCUGGAGGUCUGCCAGAAGCUGCCCCAGAGCGUGGUUGGCACCGUGGUCACCGCAUUGGUGGCAGGGGUGGUGCUGGUGCUGGUGAAACUGCUGAAUGACAAACUGCAGCGCUAUCUGCCCCUGCCGAUCCCUGGGGAACUGCUCACGCUCAUCGGGGCCACAGGCAUCUCCUAUGGCGUAGGCCUGAAGCACAGAUUUGGGGUGGAUGUCGUGGGCGACAUUCCUGCAGGGCUGGUGCCCCCAGUGGCCCCCAAACCCCAGCUGUUUGCCAGUCUCGUGGGCUUUGCCUUCACCAUCGCUGUGGUUGGUUUUGCCAUUGCCAUCUCACUGGGGAAGAUCUUCGCCCUGAGACACGGCUACCGGGUGGACAGCAACCAGGAGCUGGUGGCUCUCGGCCUCAGUAACCUCAUCGGGGGCAUCUUCCAGUGCUUCCCCGUGAGCUGCUCCAUGUCGCGCAGCCUGGUACAGGAGGGCGCCGGGGGCAACACACAGGUGGCUGGGGCCGUCUCCUCCCUCUUCAUCCUCAUUAUCAUCCUCAAACUUGGGGAGCUCUUCCGAGACCUGCCCAAGGCAGUCCUGGCAGCUGCCAUUAUCGUGAACCUGAAGGGCAUGAUGAAGCAGUUCACUGACAUAUGUUCCCUCUGGAAGGCAAAUCGAGAAGAUCUGCUCAUCUGGCUGGUGACCUUUGUGGCCACCAUCCUCCUGAACCUGGACCUCGGUCUGGCCGUUGCAGUGGUCUUCUCCCUGCUGCUCGUGGUAUUCCGUACACAGCUGCCCCACUACUCUGUCUUGGGGCAGGUACCAGACACGGAUAUUUACCUAGAUGUGGCCGAGUACUCAGAGGCCAGGGAGGUCCCAGGCGUGAAGAUCUUCCGCUCCUCAGCCACCAUGUACUUUGCUAAUGCUGAGCUCUACAGCGACGCACUGAAGCAGAGGUGCGGUGUGGACGUUGACCACCUCAUCUCCCGGAAGAAGAAGCUGGUCAAGAAGCAGGAGCAAAAGCUGAAGCGACUGAAGAAGCUCCAGAAAAAGACUGCCACCUCCAAGGGCACUUCUGUUUCCAUUGAAGUCAAUUCCAGUGCCAGAGACAUGGAGAGCAACAACUUGGAGGACUCCAAGGCCGAGGGAGAGGGGCCAGCCAUGAGCUGCGGAGAUGGUGCCAGUGCAUGUCCUGAGAGGAAAGCCAUGGACCUACCAGCUGUGAGCACAGGGAAUGAGCUAGAAGGUACAGCGGCCAGCGGUCAAGAAGGUGCUAAGGCCCCAGAUGUGUCCAACCUGAAGGCCCUGGGCCUGCCUCAGCCGCACUUCCACAGCCUCGUCCUGGAUCUGGGAGCCCUCUCCUUCGUGGACACUGUGUGCCUCAAGAGCCUGAAGAAUAUUUUCCGUGACUUCCGAGAGAUCGAGGUGGAGGUGUACAUGGCCGCCUGCCGCAGCCCUGUGGUUGCCCAGCUUGAGGCUGGGCACUUCUUCGAUGCAUCGAUCACAAAACAGCACCUCUUUGCCUCUGUCCACGACGCUGUCCUCUUUGCCCUCCAGCACCCGAGAUCCAGCCCUGCCAGCCCUGUUUUGAUGACCAAACUCUGACCAUGCUGCCACCCUGCCUGAGAUUGCUGACCUCUGAAUGUUGUGACUUGUGAGAAUCCGCCCCCCCCCAACCGCUGGGCUGCCUCCAGAUGUCCUUCAGGAGUCCCCUUCAUAUAAACACACACAACUCAGGGAUGGAGGUCCUGGGACUCCAAGUUCGGUGCUAUUGGCCUGGGAUGGGGCACUGGAGUCAGACUGGCACUGGCUGGGUUGGGGGAAGAUGUAUGAUUUUACACCCAGAAAUAAAGAUUUAUUUGUCUAACA